UGUAGUUAAAAUUAAUAUUUUUUGCUUGAACAGAAUGUUUUUCGAGAAGGCUCAAGGCAAAUGUGAUGUACGGCAGCCUGUAAGCAACACUAUUUCGUGAGUUUAAAGGACUUGGAAUGGACAACAUCUCACACAUUUUUGUAUUUAUUGGUUGGACUAACUGCAAAUCGUCUUGUUUUAUUUUCUUGAAGAACAGAUACUAUGAAUGGUUUAAAAGCAGCAAAGGGUUUGUUAAGGAAAGAAAUUAAGCAGAGAGUAGCAGGUUUAACAGAAAGUGAAAAACAGAGACAAUCGAAAAUUGUAACAGACAAGUUGUUAUCUCUAGAAAAAUUCCAGGGCAGUAAGAAGGUUUCUGUAUAUUUACAUAUGUCAGAUGAAAUCCAGACUGUAGCUAUUUUACAACACUUGCUAAAGAACAAGGAAUGCUACAUACCACAAUACAUUGGCCCUAAAAUGAAAAUGGUCAGGUUAAAAUCAUGGCAAGACUAUACAGAACUUCCUGAAACAAAAUGGAAAAUAAAACAACCAGCAGACCAUGAUGUCAGACCUGAUGCACUUGAUACAGAAGGUUUAGAUUUGAUAAUAAUGCCAGGAUUAGGUUUUACAACAGAAUGUGAUAGACUUGGUCGAGGGAAAGGAUAUUAUGAUACAUAUCUACAGAAAUGUGAAGACAUGGGAUACAAACCAUACACUGUUGCUUUAGCCUUUAAUGAACAAAUAUGUCACUCUAUACCUACAGACAGUCAUGAUAAAAAGCUAGAUGUAGUUUUGUUUCCAGAUAGUUAAUAAAUCAUUAAAAUGAAA